GAUAUCUAGAACAAUUUUAGGCCUCCUUGCUCCUGCCGAGGUUUUCUUCGUCCUUCUCUCUUAUCGUUAUCCCCUCCCUCUCCUCCUUGCCUAUAUAGAACCCUUCGUUUACAGGGUUUAGGCCAGUCUCUGUUUUGAACAGUAAACUACUCCGGAAACAAAGAAAAUUAAUGGCGUCUGCGCCCGCUAAUCUGUGGGUGUUGCUUGGAUUGGGUUUGGCUGGAAUUCUGAUAAUGACGAAGAAGCUGAAGAAGAACAAAGUGGUCAAACAAGACUUUGGGGCUUUCGUGUUGAGGUUUCAACUUCUCCCCCCGCCUCAGCCUUCCCCUCCCAAGGCCCCUCAUCCUUUGACUGGACUCACUUUCGCCGUCUCAGAUGUAUUUGAUAUCGAUGGAUUUGUGACUGGGUUUGGCAACCUAGACUGGGAACGGACACAUGAGGCUGCUUCUCAAACAUCUUCUGUGGUUUCAGCUCUAGUUGAAGGAGGUGCGACAUGUGUGGGAAAAACAGUUGUGGCUGAAAUGGCUUAUAGUAUUAGUGGGGAAAAUAAGAAUUAUGGUACACCGACCAAUCCUACUGCUCCUGCACUAAUACCAGGAGGAUCCUCUAGUGGAAGUGCUGUGGCUGUGGCUGCUGAUCUCGUUCACUUCUCCUUGGGUACUGAUACUGAUGGCGGUGUCCGAGUACCUGCUGGAUAUUGUGGUGUGAUAGGAUUUCGACCCUCAUACGGGGCUGUGUCUCAUGUGGGGAUUGUUCCUGUUUCAUCCAGUUGUGAUACCGUUGGAUGGUUUGCAAAGGAUCCCAUUAUACUACGUCGUGUUGGGCAUUUGCUGCUGCAAGUCCCCUUUGCUGUUCAACAUAAUCCAAGGAGUAUUAUUAUAGCUGAUGACUGUUUUCAAUUAGUAAAGAAUUCCGUGGAUCGGGUUGCUCCGGUGGUAAUUAAAUCCACUGAAAAGCUAUUUGGAAGGCAAGUUCUGAAACAUGAGAAUCUUGGAAACUAUUUGGAUCUUAAAGUUCCAAGCUUGAAAUCAUUUCAUAGCAAGAAGUCAAAUGGUGAAGUAAAAUCUUCUUCAAUAAGAUUGCUAGCAAAUGUCAUGGAAUUAGUUAAAAGGCAUGAGUUUAAAUGCAAUCAUGGAGAGUGGAUCAGCUCAGUGAAACCUACUCUAGAUCCUAUUAUUGCUGCACAAAUACGUGAAAGGUUGCAGAUCUCAGAUAUGGAGAUUGAGAACUUCCGCACAAUAAGGAAUGAAAUUCGUGUAGCCUUGAACUCCCUUCUAAAGGAUGAUGGAAUACUGGUGAUCCCGACGAUUCCUGACCCUCCUUUGAAACUUGGGAGCAAGGAGAUUUUGUCGGAGGACUACUUGAGUCGUGUAUUUAGUCUGUUGAGUUUAGCUAGCAUGUCAGGCUGCUGUCAGGUCACUGUACCGCUUGGCUUCCACGGUCAAAACCCGGUUUCCGUGUCCCUUGUAGCUAGGCAUGGAGGUGAUCGGUUUUUGCUAGAUACUGUACAUACCAUGUAUGCUUCUCUGCAGGAGCAGGCUGAUAUAAUUGAGAAAUCCAAAUUAUCUGCUAAAGUUGUCAGUCAGGAAACAUCUGCUGAGAUUGCUAAGGAAAAGGGUAACCAAGCGUUCAAAGAUAAACAGUGGCAGAAAGCAAUUGGCUUUUAUACAGAAGCUAUCAGACUCAGCGGCACCAAUGCAACCUAUUAUAGCAAUAGGGCUGCAGCUUAUUUGGAAUUGGGAAGCUUUCUUCAAGCUGAAGCAGAUUCUUCUACAGCUAUCAAUCUUGAUAGAAAGAAUGUGAAGGCUUAUUUAAGAAGAGGCACAGCUCGGGAGAUGCUUGGCUAUUACCACGAGGCGAUCGAAGAUUUCAGAUACGCACUUGUUCUUGAGCCAACAAACAAAAGAGCAGCCCUCUCUGCUGAAAGGUUAAAGAAUUUGUUUCAGUAGUGACUGAAGUGUUCAACCAAGUUGGGUGGGGGCCCCAUAUAGUUGUUAAGUGAAGACUGACAUCCAUCAUGAGUCUCAUGUUACGUGAAAUCCUCUUCUUUGUUUCCGAAAUCCGCGAGGAACUCUUGGCUGACUGGUCGGGACACCAUUCGAGAGUAACUCUAGUUCAUUAUUUUGUUGCCGUAGUAAGCAAGUAUAGUCGAAAAUUUUGUGUCUCAGUGUAUUUUUGCAAUUGGUUUGUUAUUCUAGCAUCAAGCUGAGGUUUUCUUGUGGUUAGACUAGCAUUUCUUUUUUCCUGCAACAAUAAUUCUGUUAUUUGUGCAUAUUUCUCAUUUAAAUGCUCCAGUGUGGUUUUCAUUUUAAUCCAUCUUCGGAUCAGAUAUGUAGGUGGAUUUUUCAACAGACAGGAAAUGGCUGGGAAAUAAAGAAAUAUAAAUUUAGCUUCUUCACA